AUAAAGUGAAUAUGGCUACUAAUUAAGACUAAUUGACUAAUUUUUGUAUUUAAAACAAACUGAUAAUUGUCACAUAUUGCAUAAAUCACAAAAUUAAUGACGCUUCCUUCUUUGCAGAUGUUUUUUUUUGCUAUUUUUGUGCAUUUGACCACUUUUUCAGCUUUACCACAAGAGCAAGUAUGGAACAUCGUAUGCACUUCCUUUUGUGGAGGGUCUACAACUACAUUUUUCUUUUGUGAGAACAAAGGGUUUAUUUGGUUCUGAGGUUUUGACUGCUGCAGCUGAAGGAGUGCAAAGGGGCAUGUUUCUCCUCAGUACCGCUCAGUUCAUUGUAUCAGCAGAAGGUUAGUUGCUGCUGCGGUGGAUACAUGGAAACUUCAUUUGGCUCUGCUUCUGCAAAAGGAACAAACCAGGGGCAGUGUCUUUGUGGCUCGUCGUAGGUAGUGUAAUCAGUAUGUGUAGAUGCAAACUGUGGCUGGUUUUCCUUCUGUGGCUUACACUCUACUCCUACAACAUAGCAAACACUGGACAGCAGCUGGUAAAAACCAUCAGCAAAGAAGCAGAUUUCACUCCAGUUUGUGGCAACUACACGCUCAAUGUCACCAUAUUUGUGAUAUGUAAGAUCAGUGAAGAAAAGUGUAACCUAACCUACCACCGGAUUAAAGGCUUUAAGCAGGGAUGUGACUCCAGGUUCUCACUUAUACCAAUAAAUCAGACACUUUUUCUGCAGCUGAAUAAUUUAACACCAGAAAAUAGUGGAAACUACACCUGUCAGUGCACAGCACGUCAUGGAACAUUUAUUCUGCAGCUUAACAUCACUGUAGUAGAUGAUGAAGACACCAGUCAUUCUUCAGAGACAACUUUAAUCUCUUAUGUUGGAGUUUUUGUACUGAUCAUCAUUGUUCUGUUGGGAGUCAUUGCUGGAUUUAUCUACAGAACCAAAUGCUACAGAAGAAGACGACAUGAAGUGACCGUAACGACUCAUACAAACACGGUACUAUACACGAAAGUGGAGGACAUUGAGCCAGACGCAAUCUUCAAAGAGAAUGAGCUUUAUUUAACUUCCAUAAUACACACCAGCACAUCUACAAAUAAUCUGAUAGGCGUCGGGGUGGAUAAUCGAAGCUUAGGGAUACCUUUGUAGAAAUUUUUAUGCUUUGAUUUAUGUUUUACUAUUGACCAAAAAACUAUUGUCUACACUGUAACUUAUGCCUAAUCUUUGCCUAAAUUGUGGUGCAUUUUGGUUUAAAACGUUUUUCUAGAUAUCUUUAAAGUUUUCAGUUUUUAAGUAAAAGAUGACCAGAAUAAUUUCCUAUUUAAAACAAGUAUGAACUUUGUUCUUUUUCUCCACCACCGUUGUCUUCAACAGAUAUAAUGUUAUAUAAAGGGGGAGGGAGGUGUUGGGUGUUUUGGGUCUUUUGAACAUUGACCACUCACUCAUGCAGCAGCAAGUAUAAACGAAGUGUAAGGGUGACCAGCAGAUUCUUAACAUAUUCUUUCUUCCUGUAUGAACUUCCUGUUCUCAGCCACACAGACCGCAUGGCCUUCUCGUUUGCUAGCUGGUGUGAAACUAGGAGGUGCAACCCUUUCACACUUCAGCUGCAGUGUGCAAAAUAUUUGUUUAGCAAAGAUUACCCUGCAAACAACACUUGAGUAACCUUAGUGCAUUAAUGUGUUACCUUCAGGUCCCUUUUCUGACUAAUCAAACUUUAUUCCCCUGUUUUUUUCCUUGUAUAUGUUACCAUUAGGAAACUGACAAUAAGAAAAAGAUUUAGAUUAAAAUGUAUUUAUUUUUAUUUACCAUUUGGCUUUAUACCUGUACACUCAUGGUAUUAGGCUUUUUCCUUUAAAUGUCAUAAUUUAAACAUAUGUACUUCCCAAUAUGUAAAAGGAGACGUUCACUACAAUAGACUUCUCUAUAAUGUUUAAGCUAAGGUUCCUUUAUCUACUUUUGUUUCAUUUACGAAAUAUGAAGAUUUGUGUCUUAGACUCUACCUGCCCUUAAGGCUUUAGGCUUGACUUAAACUCGUGCUCUAAAGACUCUAGACUCAACUUGGACUUAAGUUCUGGGAAUCAAAUCUUUUGGACUGUAUGUGCCUUACAGAAUCAGGGGGAAAGUUGCCAGUAAGUGUAAAUCAUUUGAGUAAAUGAUUAAUGUUUUUCCAAUUUAAUUUACCGUAGUCUUUACAAAUUAUAGGUUCUCUUUCAUGUGUCUGGACAGUACAUGCUGGUUAAAGGAGUUAACAGCAGCUUCUAGAUUCCUCUGUAUUUAUUUAACGCUAUAACCAAGCAGCAUUUAAAUUUAGUAGGCUGCAGACCGCAGCUCUGACUGAGAUUUGCAUAUUUUCCUGGUAAUGGUGGUGUGCAUGUGAACAUACUGUGCCUCUGUCGAGCGCGACCAUGCAUUUGCAAUAGGUUUAACUUUAUUAUAGAUAUAACAGAGCAAUGCACAUUGUAAACCAUGGAGACAUAGUAUAAAUGUGUUUGAUUUAGCCCUAAAGUUACAAGUUAUUGUGUUUCAUAUUCACCUUUAAUAGUAGCUCUUGUACACCAAGCAACUUCCAGUGCUCUGUUAAAAAAAGAAAAAUAAUUCAAAGCAGCCCGAGCAAGUAAAUGUAAAAUUGAAUGUAUAAAACCAACUGUUUGUAUGCAAUUAUUACAAUUACAAUUAUAUACAAUUAUUAUUAUGUUUCAUUUAUGACUCUAUUGUUUGGUCAUUUUAGGGAUAAUAAAGCUGUAAUGCAAUAAUUGAUUUAAGAAGAAAUCAUUAAAUGUAGUUACAUCUUU